UCGACACGGAAGAAAUUUUAACACAAAAAAAAACACAAAAACCAAAUUGGCCUCAGUAAUAAUUUACGAAUCAGGAAUACAUGCAAUUGCUUGUUGAUUAUGUCUGCGCCAGUGGAGAGUAACAGCAGCGACAAAGCCAAUAAAAUGGAUCUACAACUGAAUGUGGAGAACUUUCCAAAGUGUGCUGUGGACACUCUUGAUCACAUUGCAACUCUGCUUGCUGCUGGUAAUAAUCAGAAUUUAGUCAUGCAAAUAAUUGCCAAAUACAUUUUCUUGGUGCAAAACAAGCCGUCUGACCGGCUGAACUUGCUGAAGGAGUUGCAAUUGGCCAUAGCGCUGGUUGAGGGCUUUUUAAAGCCAGGACGAAAUCGGUUUGCAAGCUGCAAUGCCAUAUUUAUGUCGCUCUUUGGCUGCCACCUGACACCGGAGCGCGCCCAGUUGCUGGGCAAAGUAUUGGAGAGCUUGGAAAUGUUGGGCCCAGUGGCACCGCUGCUCAUCUCGGCCGGCCUGUGGCCUGGCCGCUUGCGUUUGGUUUCCUUGAGCAAAACCAACAGCCAAUUGCAUUUGUUUCUACUAAAAACUCUCCAGAAAUAUUGCACCAGUGGACAGAUAAGCAUUCUGAACAUACAGGCCUUCAUGCAGAACUUUUGUGCCCGUACAACUGCAACCGGGGGCGAUCCGAAGACCAAUACUUUCCAUCAAAAAUGCAUGGAACGCCUUGCCCAAGCCAUCCGGAUUGCCAUGUAUUGCAAGUGCAUUAUUGCAACAGGAGCUGUUGCCCACACACAGGCUCAGGAAUGUGGUCAUAGCUCAUUAUAAGCGGCAGUAGUUUUAU